UGAAAAAUCUAACUCAGAUCGUUUUAGGCACACUUUCUACUUUCUUAAUUUCUACAUCAAGCAAUUCAAGGGAGCUGUCUUCUUCUUCUUCCUCUCUUUCUCUCUGGAUUCAUUUCACAGAUUUCUAAUCUGUCACUGCCUUUUGGGUUUCCAUCACCAAGAACUUUGUGUCUUUUUACUGCAACUUCAAUACAAAUCUAUGCUUUAUCGAUAAAAAAAAAAAAAAAAAAAAAAAAAGCUUGCUUCUUUCAUGGGUAUUUGAGCUUUUACACUUCUGGGUUUUAAUCAAAGUGUGAAUCUUGAUCAGAUUUGAUCUGGGUUUUCUUUGAUUCUGCCAUUUGUGGCGGUUUUAUUCUGGUUCUUGGAGAGUGGUAUGAGAAAUUGAUAGGUGGGUUUUUGCUGGAUUGGAACGUUCAUCAAUGGCGGCAGGUCAAGAUUUGAUUGAGCUGAAAUUCAGGCUAUUUGAUGGGACCGACAUAGGACCUCAGAAGUAUAGCCCAUCUACCACUGUACAAUCACUCAAGGAGAAAAUACUUGCACAAUGGCCUAAAGAGAAAGAAAAUGGUCCAAGGACAAUAAAUGAUUUGAAGCUUAUUAAUGCGGGAAAGAUACUGGAAAACAACAGGACACUUGCUGAUUCCAGAAAUCCAGUUGGUGAACUCCCUGGAAGUCUCAUCACUAUGCACGUGGUUGUGCGCCCUCCUAUUGCAGACAAAAAGAAUGAUAAAUUGAUGAAUGAUUCUCCAGAGCAGCCUCGAUGUUCAUGUUCAAUAUUGUAGCUUCUGGUAACAAGCUUCGUGGAGCUCCUGCAGUCUGUUAUUGUUUUCCGUGUCUUCUCAUGUGUUGCUGAUGGGAUGCAGUUCAAAUCUCAGUUACCGGGCGGUCAGAAGUAGCAUCAAGAAAUUCAUGGAUUCAUCAGACUUUUGUUACUUUGAAUCUUAUCGUGUCCGUAUGUAAAACGCGUUAUAGUUCGUUAUUGCAUGUGAUUUGUUACUGAGAAAAGGACCAUAUUGACGCAUUAGGAGCUUCUUCUGUUUUUCUGGCAUCAAUGAAUACAAGUGUAAAAGAAAAAAAAGCAAACGAACAUAUUGAUUUGAUUGAUUCGCGAGCUUAUUGUAAAGCAGAAUUUGUUUUCUAUUGGUUCAAGAGCAUUUUUCAUUCACCUGUA